AUGGCGAGAUUCCUUAGAAGAGUAGUUGGUGCUACAGCUAUGAGUGUUUUGGGAAUGACAAACCUCACUAAGCUAAUGGCAGCGGAGACUGCAAGUGCAAAGAGUAAUCUUGUGCUGGGAAUAGACUUGGGUACAACCAACUCUGUUAUCUCAGUGUUUGAUAAAGCAAAGAAAACUGUGGAAACAAUACAAAUAGAUGGAAAAGUGAGCAUGCCUUCUUUUAUAAAGAUGGAUGUAAAGAAUGAGAGUGAGCUUUCUAAAAGUGUUAUUGAGCAAAUGGAUAUAAUUCGAAAGGAGGAUACCAAGGGAGACCAUUACUACUACAAUGGUAUGUGGAUUAAGAGUGCUUUCAAAGGACUCAUUACUCCUAUUGUUGGAUGGCCAGCAAUUGAAAAAAUGAAAAAUGAGAAGAGCUCUGUAAGAAACUAUAUAUACAGAUUCAAGCCACUUCUUGCAAGAAGCUUAGCAGAGUCCAAGGAUGUGGACGUAAUCCAGACCACCAGCAAGAACGUGAAGUACGGAAUUGCGCAGAAGUAUGACAUGGGAAUCAGCAGCCAAGUGCUUGCUAUUACCAUUACAGACAAUGCAGGAAAGGAGAUCGCUUGGAUUACCCCAAAGGGUUUGAGCACUCUUAUUCUGGAAGAGCUUCGUCUGAAGUUUGAAGCCCAGUGGUAUAAGAGACCCUCAGAGAGAUCACCAGAAGAGAAGGCCGAGGCUGCAGUAAAGAAGACCUGUGUUAUUACAGUGCCCGCAUACUUUAACAUUGACCAGAAGGACCAAACAAGAGAUGCAGCAGCAUACUCGUUGUUGAACAUCCACGAGGACGGUAUUAUUAACGAGCCAACAAGUGCAGCUAUUGCAUAUGCAUACACAUGUGCUAGAGCAAAGAAGCUUUCAGACAUGGAGGAGAAGAACUUCCUGGUCUUUGACUUUGGAGGAGGUACUCUGGAUAUCUCAUAUCUGAAUCUGGGCGCAGACAGCGAUGUGCUUAUUGUGGAUGGGCACGUAGGAAACAACUUCCUGGGAGGAGAGAACAUCAACGAUCUUAUUUACGCAGAGUUUGAAAGACAGCUCAAGAGUAAGUACAACAUAGACUCCAGCAACUUCCCUAUUAACACAUCCCUUCGUAUGAGAUACCUUGUUGAGGAGAUGAAGAUAAAUCUCUGCAACCAGCAGAAUGCUGUAGAUGACAAAAUCAGAAAGGAUCUUAUUAGAAACAACAGCAAAGGACCUGCAGACUACAGCAAGACCAAUGAGAUUGUGAAAGGAAACCUUGUAAUUGAGCUUUCAGACGGAAAGCAAAUCGACUGCGAGCUAGAGCUCUCAGCAAACAAGCUGGAGGAGCUUUGCGACCCAAUCUACAGAGAGAUAAAGAAGCUUCUUGACCACAACGUUGGGCCCCACCCUGGAAAAGACGAGGCAGAAGGUCUGAUUCAGAAGCUCAAGACUGUAAACUCAAAAGAUGAGGUCAAGCACGUGCUUUACGUAGGAGGAUCCAGCAGACUGUUCGGUAUAAGAAGACUUCUUAUGAGCGAGUUCACUGAGGCCAACCACUGCUUUGAUCUUGACCCCGACACAUGUGUCUCAGUUGGUGCAGCAUACUAUGCAGCAUCCCUUGAAAACAUGAUUGAUGAGGAUAACUUUGUUGCUCUGAUUGACGCCAUUCCUAUGAACAUGGGAAUCAAGCUAGACCAAGACAUGUUUGAUAUUAUGGCAGAAGCUGGAACACAGGUGCCAAAUAUCUUUGAGAAGUACUUCACUACAACCUCUGAUGCACAGAAGUCUGUGCGGAUUGUUGUGGGGCAGACACACUCUACUACUAAGAGAUUCAGUAACACAAAGGUCAUUGGCACCUUUGAUCUGAACAUGCCAAACAAUGAGCUCCCUAGAGGAAAGAAGAAGAUCAAGGUCACCUUUGACUUUGGAAGCUCUGGGCACAUGGUUGUUAAGGCCACUGAAGUUGCAGAAGACGGAACUGACCUUGCAAACGGAAACUCCAUUCCAAUAACAAAGGAAAAGACAAGACUUACCGACAAAGAGAUUGAGGAGCUUAACAGCAAGUAUGAGAAAACAAAGGAAACAGAAGCUAAAUGGAUUGAGAAGUGCGACAAAGUCAAGGAAAUUGAGGAAGCCGUUCUCAGAUUCAGAGAAGAGUCUGCUAUGCUACCAGACACCCAUCCUAAGAAGAAGGUGCUUGGUGACCUCUAUAAAGAAGCCAGUUUCUGGGUCGAAAUGGAAGUUAAGAACAAGAAUGAUGUUGGUGAUGAAGAGAUGAUUCAGAAGAUACAAGAGAAACUCGCAGAUCUCGCAUCCGCUUAUGCAGCACUUGGAGAAGGACAAGAGGCAGCACCAAAGCCAGAAUCACAGAAGGCUCCCGAAGCAGAAGCAGAAGAGUUCAUCCCCAAGGAAGACCUUUAA